CAACGCCUCUUGCCAUCAUCACAUUCCAAAACACAGAGAGAGAGAGAGAGAGAUGGGGAAGGAGAUAGUGAGCGCGGAGGAGGAGGAGAUGCAGAGGUGGCUGGCGGAAUCCUCGUACCCCUCCUCGUCGUCGUCGUCGGGGCAUCAGCAGCAGCAGCAGCCGGAGCUGCCGCUGCUGUCGCUGAACCACGUGUCGUUCGUGUGCAAGUCGCUGGCCGAGUCCGUGAGUUUCUACGAGCGCGUCCUGGGCUUCGUCCUCAUCAAGCGGCCCUCCUCCUUCAACUUCGAAGGCGCUUGGCUGUUCAACUAUGGAAUUGGCAUCCACUUGCUUGAAGUGGACGAUGUUCCGGCAAAGAAAGGGGUGAUAAAUCCCAAGGACAACCACAUCUCCUUCCAGUGCGCCGACAUGAAGCUCGUGAUGAAGAAGCUCGAAGAGAUGAACAUCGAGUACGUGACCGCGGUCGUCGAGGAAGGCGGCAUCAAAGUCGAUCAGCUGUUCUUCCAUGACCCGGAUGGUUACAUGAUCGAGAUCUGCAACUGCAACAACUUGCCGAUUCUUCCCCUGUCCUCUUGCCCUCUCAAGCUCCCCAAAACCAACAAGAACCCAUCGCCAUCCACAUUGUAUGGCAAGUUCGACAAUCGGAGUUUGGACAUACAAUGUGCCAUAGAAGUCGCGAAUCAGAUGAUGGACAACUUGGUGAAGAACAUGUUUGACAUCUCAAUAUAAAGCCAAAUCUAGGAUUCGAUGCCGAAUUUUGCCGAGAAAUUCGAAGGACCCUUUUGUGUAUAGAAUUUGCCCAAGUCUCUCUCUCUAAAUGCUGGUUGCAAAAUGAGUGUAAAGAUUUGAAAAAUAAGGACAUGUUCCAAAGUCUGAAAAAAAAGUACAAGCAAAUUCAAUCUUUGUUUCAAUUAGUAGUGUCUGUCAUGUUUCCCCUUUUUGGCUCGGUUGUAAAGGCUUUUCAACCCUAGGGUUGUCGAUUCCAUUACUGUAGCUUCAAAUUAUAAGUGAUAUUCAUCUAUUGUUGUAUUGUGAUAA